GAAGAAGAAGAACUGGUGGGAAAUUCGAGCGGUUGUUCUUCUUCUUGAACAGGAGUUUUACCUCAAACAAACAUUAAUUGUGAAUUUACUUAUGUUUACACGACAUGGACCGGUACGUGUUGGUUGUGUCCUUUUGCCAAACUGACGACGAAGUGGCGGAGGAGUUUAAAUGUUUGGAGCCAGUGAAGCACGUAUACAACAGGCUGGUGGACAUUUCCGCUCAGGAGCCGGAGAGAGGCAGUCCUGUGUUUCCAGCUUGCUCUCUGAAUGGCAGCCCAGCAGGCCUGAGGUGGUACUUCGCUCUUCAGGCCUGCCACGGAGUAACACAGUUUUGUAGCCUGGACUGGGAAGAGUUGGGGAUAGGCCAUCAGAAAACAGACAGUGCGGAGGAGAAGCUUACUGCUGUGGAGUCGUGCCUCAGUUGUCUGAGUAAUCAGGAGGCACCGGACCAAAAAGCUGACAAGCAGGCACUGACUGAGUUAUUGGAGGAGGCUGCCGAAGGACUGCAUCUACUGUCAGACAAGCUGCCGACUCCAGGUAAAGCCCUGCUGGAUGUGCUGGUGUUGGGCUUGUCCGAGCAAUCCCCUCCCAUCAAAGACCUACUGCCUCUGCUGGGAGCCCUCAAACACAUGUCGUGCUGGCAUGCUGCUCAGAUCAGUGUAGUCACACAAUACACAGCUGGGUGGCAGAAAGCAGCAUCCUACCUGAGUGCUGGUCUGGUGGUGCCCUCUGACCUGGACGUCUGCGUCGACCAUAAGGAGCUGUGGAGGGGCGGCCUGGUUAUCAGAGAGAGGAAGUAUGUGUCUGAGCUCCGUUUCGAUGGCUUUUCUCUGCGCUCUCCAGUGCAUCACAAAUUGGGGUCCAGUCGCUUGCAGUCGCCCUUCACCACCACAGACCACAAACUACAGUCUGAGGUCUUUCAUUACUAUGCACCGGUUUUAGACUUGGUUCAGCUGGUUAAUUUGUCAGACCUGCCCAGCUUCCUGAUGUCCAGCACCCAUUUUGAACUAGGUCUGUGUGGUAAGUCGGCGAAGGCUAAACUUCUGUUGGACCAGCUGAGGUCACUGCGUGGACAGGUUGGAGCGUUGUUCAGCCUGUCCUGUAUAAUCACCCUCGUUGCCCAGCCCACAGCCAGCCAACUCAGCUCCCAGCGCUGGAGGGAGUCUAUAGCCAGGAAACCCAAGUCCCUAACUGUGCCUGAUGUCGAGGUGAAAGGUGAAAUUGCUCACUACUUCCUGUUGGUCCAGGGCUCAGACGAUGCUGGGCGUGGAGCCUGCCGGGUCAGGAUGUUGCACUCAGACAGUCAAAUUAAUGGAGCAGCUGCCAUGGCAACCAUCUCCGGGUUGCUGAGAGAGACGUGUCUGUCGUCAUCAUCAGGAGGAGCUGUAGGCGAUAUCCUCCGCCCUCUGCCCUGUCUCCCAGGAGACAGCCUGCUGAAGAGAGAGAGGAAGGUGACCCAGGUUCAGGCUCUCGUGCUCAAAGAAUAUCUCAGACAAAAAGAAGAAGAGUCGGCGUCGUCCUCAAUACCCAUCAAUGACUUGAAGCUCAUUCUGAGUCUGGCUCGGGAGCAGUACCUGCGUGUGAUUGACUCCACACUGCCCUCUGCUGCCACCUGUCUGACAGACGAGCAGGAGAUUGCCAAAAACUCAGUUUUUCAGACUGUUUCCCACCAGCCCUCUGACUGGCCCGAGAGGAGCGUCCUCCACAACAUAGAGAACCUGCAGAGGAGACGACAGAAGAGGAGAUUUGGACUGUUAGGUCCGGGCUCCAGUGACAGCCUGCUGGGUCCUAAAGAUGGUCAAAAGGCCUCCUGCGCUCUCCUCGAUGCCAAAGAGCUUCUUAAACACUUCACACCUGAUGGUUUGCCCACUGGGGAGCUACAACCACUGGCUAUCAACAGAGGUAAUAAUGUGUUUCAGUUGUCACCGCACCUCUCCCCAAGGAGAGUCAGCGCGAUGCCCUUCAGCAAGGCCGCAGCCUCGCAUUACCACGGCAUCGAGUUCUGCCUGGACAACCAGCACUCCUUGGAUCGUGACCAGGCCUUCAUGCGGCUCCAGUCCCGUCUCAUUCGGCAUGAGACGCAAACCACCUGCUCCAAAGAGCCGUGUGCCCUCCCCUUCGCCCUCAGUCCCGCCCCCUCCCCUGCCGUGAUGUCAGAACCAGGAAGCGUGCCGGACGGAGAGACUCUGCAGAACGCCGACGUAGCUCGACUCAAACGCAGGUCCUGGGACACGGACGUUGUUGGGGGUUAUCCUCGCAAGAGGCUGGUGAAGUCGGAGAGCAGUGACUCCCUCUGUUCUCAGAGCAGUGGCAGCAGUGGGACACACUCCGCCAUCAGGUGUCUCAGACAACAGCCGAGCAGAUCCCAGUCCACAUCUACCCCCAUCGGUGCUCCUUGCUCUUCUGCCACAAGGACACGGACCACCUCAGGUUUGGCGACUCUUCUGUCUGCUGACAAACUUAUACCUCAGCAGCAGAAGACGCAUCAUGUGCCACCAGAGGACAAAGCUGCCAAAGAGUCACGUUCCCAGAAACACAACAGGAUGUUGCAGGAGGUAGUAGUUAAAGCGCUAAAACACCAUGGGAUCAAUGCCGAGCAUGAGUGCUUUGAGGCCUGCCGCAAAAGACUGUUUGAUAUCUCCAAAUUCUACCUCAAGGAUCUCAAGACAUCUCGCGGCCUGCACGACGAGAUGAAGAAGGCAGCCGGCAGCAACGUCAAACAGGUCAUCGACUGGGUGCUGGAGAAGACCUCAGGGAAGUGAAGGAUGGCCUUGAAGAAUUAGUGGGGGAAAAAAAAAUUCCUUUAAAAUCUUUGGAAAAUUCUGCUAGGUCAACUGAAUUUCUGUUCUUUUGGGGGGUUUUCUUCUUAGGUUUAAGAAUUUCUAUUGGUUUUAAAUUUGUGAAUAUAAUCUGUUUUUAAAACUAUAUUCCUUUUGUUCAAAUUUAUUUGAUUGGCUCAAUAAGGGGAUACUUUCGCUGUACAUGUAUUUCUUUUAAUGUAUUCAGAUUUUUUUGCUUUUAUUUUUGUCGACGCUCCAGAGGGCACAAAGGGGGUUUUACAGGAAUUUUACAACCUUCCCCACUUGUUCAUUUUGUUUCUAGCUACAAUAAUAAUUUUAAGACUUUAUUUAUAUAAAUGUGUACAUAUUUUAUUUUUGUUUCAUAUUUAAUCUGUAACACAAUAAAGUGUUCUCGAGUCUUU